AUGGCAAGCUUUAUCAGAGAGUCAAUGCACGUAAGCCUCGUGCAUCUCUCGAUAUUGCUUUGUGGCGUCUUCAUUGUGGUCCCAGUUCUUGGACAUCACGUCCCUGUGUUAACUGACAUACGCUAUGAGAAAGAUGGUGAUAUCAUCAUCGGUGGGUUGCUGAAUUUACAUAUUUUUGACUCGAACAGAGAGUGUGUAAAGUUAGAUUCUAUUGCUGCCAUACAUCGUGUUGAGGCUAUGGUGUAUACUAUUGAAGAGCUGAAUGCACGAGAUGAUAUAUUGCCGCAAAUUAAUAUCGGCUACCAAAUUUAUGACAGUUGCGUUUCUGAGGAUGUCACCUUAGCGGCUACGUUGGAACUGCUCCGCAACAUCAGUGGUUGCAACGGUGAGAUUGGUCAACAGAAACUGAAGGGUAUCUUGGGACCACGACGUAGUUCAGUCAGCGCUGCAGUGAGUCGAGUGUUCGGUUUGCACCAUAUGCCACAGAUCACAUAUAUGGCCACGAGUGAUGAACUUUCGGACAAAAAUGCCUUUCCAUACUAUUUCCGAGCCGUGCCUCCCGAUCGCUUACAAGUGAGUACGAUGAUAGAUUUGAUUCGACAUUUUGGUUGGACGUAUAUGUCCUUGAUUAACACGGACGAGUCAUAUGGACGAAACGGAGCUAAGGAAAUCAAACGACAAGCAUCUAUCUAUGAUAUAUGCAUCGCUUCAUCACAAGAAGUGUCACGUUUUUCUACUGAUCAACAAUUGGAUCAGAUAGUGGGGACCUUGAUAAAGGUUUCUAAAGCCAAAGUGGUUAUCAUGUUUUCCGUCACAUACAUGGCUAACCGCGUCUUGGAUGCUGUUAAACGCUCAAAUGCAACACGGAAGUUUAUCUGGAUUGCUAGCGACGGGUGGGGGUACAAUCUUGCCGCGCAUGACAAUGAGCACAUAGCGCUUGGUGGCUUCUUUGUGGAGUUGUACAACACUAAUUCAUCCAAUUACGAAAAUUAUUUUAAGACAAUUUCGCCAAAGACUUCGAAAAAUCCGUGGUUGUAUGAGUACUGGCAAGAAUAUUUGAACUGUAGCGCUACUGAACAAGAACAGUGUGAUGAACAGUACGUUGAGGGUUUCAGUUCCAAGAUGGGAAUUUCUGCUGUAAUCGACGCCGUUUAUACAUACGGUUAUGCUUUGGAAAACAUGAGACAACAAGUUUGUGGAUUAUAUGGUGGUGCGUGUGAACAGUUCUACCUGUCUGAUGGACUGGAUCUCCUACCGUUUCUUCAAAAUACAAGUUUUAACGGAACGAGGGGGUUAGUACAAUUUGAUCAAAACAAUGACCUGAUGGGAAAGUAUGUAGUUAAAAAUUUACAAUUCAACAAUGGAAAGUAUGAAAAGGUGCCGGUAGCAAUUUGGGAUGCAUUGGCUGAAAACAAACUGACCAUGCUGCAAGAGCAGGUUCAUUGGUCUGUUCCAAUGGAAGGCGAGAAAUGGCCAAGGUCUGUCUGUAGUGAACCAUGUGCACCAGGGCAUAUUUUCAUACCACAUGGUGAUGCCUGCUGUUGGGAUUGCUUUCAGUGUAGGAACAACGAAAUCACAAUACUAAACAACACAGUGUGCCAUCCAUGCGACAGCCUUCGUUGGCCGAACGAUAAUUUCACCAAAUGCGAUGCGAUUCCUCCGACUUAUAUUAAAUGGGAAAACGCGACUGCUGUAACUUUGCUCGUUGUAGCUACCGUAGGCCUAGCCGCCUCCUUCAUCACCUUACUUGGUUACGUUCGACACCGAAACAAACCACUGAUAAAAGCCUCAAGUCGGGAGCUUAGUUUCAUUAUGUUGGUUGGUGUAACAUUCUCCUACGUCAUGGUGUUCGUGUUCAUUGCGAAACCAACAUUGCCAUCGUGUGUGGCCAUGCGACUCGGACUCAUGAUGUGUUUUACGCUGACUUACGCUCCGAUGUUAACGAAAGUUAUCCGAAUAUACAGAAUUUUCACGGCCGGUAAGAAGUCUACCAAGAGACCGGGUAUGAUUGGUCCAACUUCCCAGGUUGUUAUAACAACCAUUAUAGCUGUAAUUCAGCUAAUCAUCAGCGGAGUGUGGGCGAUCGUUUCACCGCCGAGUGCCAUCCUCGAAGCUCCGGUCGACAAAGAGAAACGGGUAGACCUCAGUUGCAACAUUGGAGCUUCAGAAGUCAUCACCUCCGUCACCUACAAUCUUCUUCUCAUCAUUCUUUGCUGUUGGUUUGCUUUCAAGACACGUAAAGUACCUGAUAACUACAACGAGUCGCGUUUCAUUACGCUUAGUGUGUACACUACACUGGUGAUAUGGCUAGCGUUCAUCCCAACUUACAUAACCAUCAACAAUUCAUCGUUUAAAGUAGCCAUCCUUUCAUUUGCCACCCUCCUCAACGCUUCGGUAACUUUGAUAUGUUUAUACGUACCUAAACUAUAUGCUGUACAUUUUGUUAAAGAGAUCGACACCACAACCAUGAAUGCUUAUGUAGCGGGUAAUCGCAUAAUGCCCAUGGAACAUCUGUCCACGGUGAAUCUCUCUCGUUCGUAG